AUGUCGCUUCCCAUGGAGAUCCAGCUCAACAUUUUUCAACAAGUGGUGGACACCCUCCCCUGGAAAGACGUGUGGAGAGCAAGGCUUGUGAGCACCUCCUUCAAUCAUGAGGUUACAGCACUCAUGAUCCAAAGCCCCCGCCUCGAAGUCGAGGGCUUAUGCUUCGAACCUGGGUUUGGCGGGCCUGAACAGCAGGGUCACGAAGCUAGUAGCCCAUGUGUGUGCUCGACCUUUGUGCAGGGCAUCCUUGACCUCCCGAACGAGCGCAAGAGCGCUGAAGAAACAGACACUUUGGUCAAUAAGCUGAUUGAUGCUUGGUUAUGUGGCAGGACCCGUGUAAUGCGACAUUUUUUUGGCCCCAACCAUCAUCGAGCCCAGAUGGAAUGGGCUAUCGAUAGUCCAUACGGAAGCUAUGUCGAGUGGGAACCACUCCACGAAACACUAAAUCUUGCGCUCGCAAUGAGCGCCAUUUACCGCAAUGAUUGUUCCGAACUGCGCACUCUGCUAGAUCAAGGUGUUGAUCUGGCACAAGAGAGUGUGCGGUUCGGAAUUCUCCCGCUCGCAGAGGCGGCUUUUUUUGGGUCCCAAGAGAUUACAGAGAUCCUUGUGGCCAACAACUGCCCAGUGAUCUUUGGCGGGAUUACAGAAUUUUACCCUACUACCAAUGCGAUUUCCAUCCAUAUGACACGGAGGAAUAAAGAGGGCUUGAAAGCGUGGGUUGACCAUCUCAAAAGGUCCGCACAGGAUAUCUCUGAAUACUUUGACCCGUGGGAGAUCGUGACAUUUGCAAGCCCAGAAAUGGUGGAGUUCAUCGAUGACGAGUAUGGGCACGAACUGGACAGACCUCUAUUACGCGGCAAAAUGCUCAAUGAUGCCAUUUACUCCAAAGAUGUGAACGAAAUGCGGCGUAUAUUGGAUCGAGGUGGAGUGGAUAUCAACAAAUUGGAGGGUGACGAUGGCAUCGCACCGCUUUAUGAGGUACUGGAUAUCCGAGAAUCUGCUGACGUGAAUGAGAUCCAUCGUCAAAUGGAGAGCAGCGUCCAAGCUGUCCAGUUUCUUCUCGAAAACGGGGCUAACGUAGAUGGAGAUAUGAAUGGAGGAGAGACGCCAUUUGAGUACGCAGUCUCAACUGGAAACAUCGAGGCUGCCACAAUCCUAUUUGAGUUGGGCGCUACCGUGGAUGAGGACCGCAUCAUACCAUUUUUGAUGCACAGUCCCCAUGAUUGGACCAAUUUGUUGCGCCGGUUCGGUGUCCCCUAA